GUGAUAUAGCCAGCGUUUUUCACGUGGCUUCUAUAAGUUUGUUAUACCUUUUAUGCAUUGGGUCUUCCGCUCCGCGCGGGCGCCUUGUGGGCUGGGUAACCUAAAGGUGUAUCUUCAGAACAAAGAGAGCAGAAAGAAAGAGAGAGGGAGGAAAACCUAAACGUCAGAGAAACAGGAAUUCAGAGACUGCUUCCUUCUCCUGUUAUACAUACGCCGCUGCAUCCUCCACAGACUAGAAAUAAUGAACCUGUUGCUGUCCUGGCUCCUCCUGACAGCUCGCGCCGCAUGUGUCUCCGGGUAUCGUAGCCCUCUGAAUGACUUCCAGCGGUCGGAGGGAAGGGAGCUGGUUCCUACACCGUGGAACUCUGCUCGAGUCCUCAUGUCGCCCAGCCUGAGUCUGGAGGACUGUGCCACGCGCUGUGCACAUUCACUGGACUGCAGGGCCUUUAACUAUGAGACGCGUCCGUCCAUCACCUGCAAGCAUUUGCCUUGGGUGGGCGACGGGAGCAACGCAGAAGUUAAAAGGAACGUUAACUGUGACCUUUACGAGAAGAAGGUCUAUGUGAGGAAGUGCAUAGUGGGUAAAGGGGAAGACUACCGAGGCAAAGUCUUCAUGACCAGGAGUGGGCAUACUUGCCAACAGUGGUGGUCCAAGUUUCCACAUGAUCACAGGUGGAUUCCUACAGCUACUAACGGCCUGGAGUUGAACUAUUGCAGGAAUCCGGAUGGAGAUCGUAUCGGCCCGUGGUGCUACACCACCGACCCAGAAAGACGCUAUGAAAGCUGCAACAUUCCCCACUGCAAAGAUGAGGUUUGUAUCACAUGCAAUGGAGAGGACUACAGAGGCCAGGUGGACCACACCAUGAGUGGCAGAGAGUGUCAAAGAUGGGACCAGCAGUACCCCCACCAACACAUCUACCAACCUGAAAAGUAUCCAGACAAGAGUUUGGAUGAUAACUACUGUCGUAACCCUGACGCGUCGCCGGUCCCUUGGUGCUACACCACAGACCCUCAGGUGGAGAGAGAGAGCUGCGAGAUCAGCAAGUGCUCUGUGAUCCCAAAGAAGCGGCACCGCUCCAGCUUCACCACCGACUGUUUCCGUGGCCGUGGGGAGGACUACCGGGGCAAAGUGAACGAGACCACGUCGGGGAUCCCCUGUCAGCGCUGGGAUGCCCAGUAUCCCCACGAGCACCCCUUCUACCCAAACACAUACGAAUGCAAGGGCUUGGAGGAGAACUACUGUCGUAACCCAGACGGAUCGGAGGCUCCGUGGUGCUUCACAUCUCUGCCCGAGAUGAGGACCGCUCUCUGCCUGCAGAUCAAACGCUGUGCAGACGACAUCGAAGCUGAGGACUGCUACCAUGAAAAUGGGAAAAACUACCGCGGCAUGGUUCGCAAGACCCGCAAGGGCAUCACCUGCCAGAAAUGGAACGUCAACACGCCUCACAGGACCACGAUAAACCCGUGGAGCAGCCCCGAGGCUAACCUGACAGAAAACUACUGCCGCAACCCUGACGGGGACCAGCACGGACCCUGGUGUUACACCACGGACCCCAAAACCGAGUUCGACUACUGUGCCAUUAAGCAAUGCGCUGGAGAGAAAGUGCCUGUUGUUAAAGCGCCAGUGGAGGUGGAGUUCAGUGAGUGCGGGAAGAGAGACGACCGUCUCCCCAGGACCAGGUUGCGUAUUGUAAACGGCUUCCCCGGAAACUCUCCAUGGACCGUGAGCCUCAGAGACAGGAAAGGAAACCAUUUCUGUGGAGGAUCUCUGGUUGAUUCCAGAUGGGUGAUCAGUACCAAGCAGUGUUUCUCCUCCUGUUAUGUGGACCUCCCAGGGUACUCGGCGAUGUUGGGGACAAUAUUCCGUGAUCCUGAAGAGGGAGAGCCUGAUGUGCAGGUCAUUCCUCUCACCAAGAUCGUCUGCGGACCCUCAGAGUCUCAGCUGGUCAUGCUACAACUGGAAACUCCUGCCCAGUUUAAUGAGCGAGUGUCCCAGAUUUGCCUUCCUCCUGAGCGUUACAUUGUAACCGAGGAUACCAUUUGUGAGAUCGCCGGAUGGGGCGAGACUAAAGGUACCGGAGACGAGUCCGUCCUCAACGUGGCCCAGAUACCAGUCCUCAGCAAUAAGGAAUGCAACAAAUACUUCCGGGGGCGAGUUCGAGAGAACGAGAUGUGCACGAGCUCCUUCCAGGGUGGCGUCGGAGCCUGCGAGAGAGAUUACGGGGGACCCCUGGCUUGCCAGAACAGUGACUGCUGGGUACUGGAGGGAGUGAUCAUCCCCAUGAGACGCUGUGGACACCCGGGCCAACCCAACAUCUUCAUCCGCGUCUCACACUAUGUGGACUGGAUAAAGAAGGUCAUGAAGAUGACUUAGGGACGUGUGCUGCGAUUCAACAAUGACUGGUUGGCCCAUUAAAAAUAAUUUAACCCGCUUUCACAAACACACAA